UAGCCGUUGGGGAGAGAGAGAAACAUGUUCUACAAUCUUCUUUCCUACUGGGUAACACUGCAUUUUUCACUCCCUAAACACCAAAAAAAAAAUUGAAGCCCACAGCCAAAUUUAGAGUUUAUUCCAAUGGCUGAUUUCAGGUGCUUAUCAGACACAGACGACGAGGAAGAGUCAGCAGCAGUGGAAGAGCUAAUCUCACAAGCAAAAGACCUUUGUGUUCUUGAGCAAGUUGCUGCUAUUCGCUGCUCUUCUUUCACUGACUCUGUCCUCCCCACUGACCUUGAGUCCCGCUUCCGCAAGCUCAAAUCUUUUCCACUCACUAAUAAGCCUAAGCCGAAGCCAGAUCAUUCUGCCAAUUCCGAUUUUUCGCUUUCAAAAACGCCUCCCAAUCCAAAAUCACCACCCGAUUUGUCAGUGGAAAAGGGGGUUUUCUCAGAUUUGGAAGAAAACCCAGAUCCAGUUUUGAAGCAUGAGUCUUCAAAAUUAUCAAAAUCUCUAUCUGGGUCUUCGUCAUCGAUGGAUUUUUCGCCUUCUCCGCCGAAGAAAACAGGUUGCUUUUUCUGCCUUUCUCCAAAGAAGGCAUCUUCUCAUGAUCAUCAUCAGAAGAAGAAGAGUAAGAAGAGUAAGGAGAAUGGUCUUGAUUGGGACAUGAACAAUGAAUUUUUAUCGGAUUUGAGCACCUUUUCGACGAAGAAGCAGCAGAAGAUGCUAAAAAAGGCUAUGAAAGAGGAAGAGAAGAUUAACCGGGAGGCCCAAAAAAUUGUCAACUGGGCUAAGCAAUCGUCUGCUAGGUUGAGUGUUGUUUCGGGCAUUCAUGAUGAUGAGCUAAGUGAUAGUAAUUAGAAGUAUAGUUUUUGGUAAUCUUGGCCUUCAAUUUUUACACUUUGAAACAAUAUAUAGUAUAAGAGCUGUUGCUCUUGACUGUUGUCAUUAUUGUAGACAGUCAUAUACCAGAUAAUCAUGUUUUGUUCUGUUUUUUUUUUUUUUUUACUAAAUAUAUGUUGUAAAGGUGAUGUAUGUUUGGAAAUUGGAAGAAUUUAUUUAUAUGGAAGUAUUGGAAAAAUUGUCUUGA